GUACCGCCGGGACGGCUGCUCCUGAGAACAAACACCAGUGGUUGAGGUGCUAGGCCCAGCUACAAUCGGCGGAGCCCGCCAACACUCCUCCUCAGCAAGCUCUAUCCAGGUCUUUCGGACGCCCACGCCGGGGGCAGGUGGGGGAGAGUAUGAAGACGUACACGCCGACGACGUCCGGCACCUUCCUCGAGCGCCUCGCGGGUGCUCUGGCCGUGUCCACCUUUAGCACCUGCUACUUCUACGCGGUGCUCUGGCUUCCUACGGUGGGCUUGCUCUUCUUCUUUGUCUCCAGGACUGCCGCUGCUGCGGCCCUCGUUCCUUACGCCGUGUCCGCGGUGCUCCCGACGAAAGCCCUUCCCUGGCUACUCAACACCUGGUUCUUUCGCUGCGCGUUGAAAUACCACGACUUCGAUGAGGUUGAGGAGACCUCCCAGGAAGAGAUAAGUCUGAUCGAGAAGGACAAGAAGAUCAUCUUCGCGGCACAGCCUCACGGCGUCAUGUCCAUCACCGGCAUCUGCAGCGCCAUCAACAUGGCGCCGCGACCGACGCCGCCGACCUGCACAGCGGACGUGAUCCGGCGGAUACCCAUCAUGAAGCACGUCUUCGGGGUCUUCGGGCUGGUCGGGGCGUCGAGCCGCAGCUUGAAGUCGGCCCUCCGCCGGACGAGCGUCGUUCUCUACGUCGGCGGCAUAGCGGAGCUGUUCCUGUCUAACCCGGCGGAGGAGCGGCUAUACGUGGGAAAGCGCAAGGGUUUCAUCAAGCUGGCGAUGCAGACGGGCAGCGAGGUCAUCCCCUGCUACUACUUCGGGAACACCACCUGCCUCGAGAUUCUCCGACACCCAGUGUUGACGAGCGUGAGCCGCAAGUUAGGAGCUAGCAUCACUAUCCUCUGGGGGCGGUGGGGCUUGCCAAUCCCGAUGCCUGGCAAGUCGAUGUGCGUAGUCGGCAAGCCGAUAGGUAUCCCGAAGAAGGAGUUCCCCUCGGAAGAGGAUGUCGACAAGUACCACGCGGUGUACGUGAAGGAGGUGAAACGAAUCUUUGACACUUACAAAACACGCCUCCCGGACUACAAGGACAAGAAGAUCAUCAUCGAAACCUGAGUCUUAGUUUCUCGGGGAGCGCGCGCAUGUGCGUGUUUGCAGCUGGAAGCCCCGCAGUGCCGUGUUGGUUGUUUGUGCUGUGAACGCCGUCUCGGUGUGGCCGUCGACUUCCCCCCCUCUCACAACAUUAGCGUGCGUGCGUGUGGGGAUGUACCCAUCGUAAGUAACGUACCAAUUUUGGGGUCGAUUCCUCCCGACCCAUCGAAAUCGGAAACAGUACAAUUUGCGGUACAAUAGUCGUUCGACCCAUUGUUCGACCGGCGUCUUUGAGAUCAUGCACGUCCGCUUUCCGACAAAAACCAGAAAGGGGUGGUAUAUCAAAUGAGACAACGCCACAGAUUUCCCAUAUUUUUUCGGCCUGGUAAACAACACCGUUCCGGCGACUAGUCGGAAGACGCUU